AUGGCCGGCCGCCUGCUGCUGCUGCUACUGCUGCUGUUCUGCGCCGCGCUGCCCGCCCAGCCCCGCGCCCACGGAGGCGUAUUCAUCAAGAAACAAAGUGCCGACAACUUUUUGGAAAGGACAAAACGUGCUAACUCUUUCUUAGAGGAAUUUAAGAAAGGGAAUAUUGAAAGAGAAUGCAAUGAGGAGCGCUGCUCAAAAGAAGAAGCAAGAGAAGCUUUUGAAGACCAGGAGAAAACUGAGGAAUUCUGGAACAUCUAUGUAGAUGGGAACCAAUGCAGUUCGCAUCCUUGUCACUAUGGUGGCCACUGUAAAGAUGGAAUUGGUUCCUACACUUGCACGUGCUUGGAUGGUUAUCAAGGCAAGAACUGUGAAUUUGUCAUACCAAAGUUCUGCAGAAUAAACAACGGGGACUGUGAGCAGUUCUGCAGCGUCAGGAGAGAUGGACGGAAGGAUGUAGUGUGUUCCUGUGCAGAUGGGUAUGUUCUGGCAGAGGAUGGCAAACACUGUGUUGCAACAGUAAAAUACCCUUGUGGAAAAGUUUUUGUGGCAAGGAAAAAAAGAUCUGUUCUUUCACCUGCUGACUACAGCAAUGGAACAAGUGGUCAGAGAGACCCUCCUGCAAAUGAAACUAGUGCAGAGGAGAACUCUGCAAUUACCACAGAAAGCCCAACCCCACCACCAGACAACAGAACAAACAGCAGGAAUCCAUAUGUCAGUACCAGGAUUGUUGGAGGGGAUGAGUGUCUCCCUGGCCAAUGCCCAUGGCAGGCUGUUCUGUUAGAUGAGGAAGGAGAAGAGUUUUGUGGUGGAACUAUUCUGAAUGAAAAUUUUAUACUUACUGCAGCCCACUGCAUAAACCAAUCCAAAGAAAUCAAAGUUGUUGUUGGUGAAGUGGACAGAGAGAAGACAGAGCAGUCUGAAUCAAUGCACACUGUGGACAAAAUAGUUAUUCACACCAAAUUUGACGCUGAGACUUACGACAAUGACAUCGCCUUAUUAAAGCUGAAGGAACCUAUCAGAUUUUCGGAGUACGUCAUCGCAGCGUGUCUCCCCAAAGCAGAUUUUGCUAAUGAUGUUCUGAUGAACCAAAAAUCUGGGAGGGUCAGUGGCUUUGGGCGUGAAUUUGAUGGUGGAAAACUCCCCAAAAAACUGAAGAUGCUUGAACUGCCCUAUGUUAAUACGACCAUUUGCAAGCAAUCCACUAAUUUUCUGGUAACUGAGAACAUGUUCUGUGCUGGUUAUGAGUCAGAGGAAAAGGAUGCUUGCCAAGGAGACAGUGGUGGCCCCCAUGUGACCAGAUAUAAGGAUACUUACUUUGUUACUGGAAUUGUUAGCUGGGGUGAAGGAUGUGCAAGGAAAGGAAAAUAUGGUGUCUAUACCAAACUGUCCCGGUUCUUGCCUUGGGUAAGAAAAGUCAUGACUUUGUAGGGGUGGUAUAUGCCUUGAUCCUUCUUGUUGGCUGAAAAGGUGCAGGAUUGGUAAUGGAAACUUCCUUUUUCUGCACAUCUGCUAAGUUUGAGCUCUGAUUCCUUAUAGUUAUGGUCUGCUUCCAUUUGUAUUAUUCCUGGCUUUAAUGCACAUCUCUGUGGGCUGUGAAGGUGUUUGGAAUUGGUUGAAUGAGGGAAUUGCCCCAAGCAAAAAGGCUGCUGACUGGUGUCUUUGGCUUCUUUUCAUUAUUUAUCAAUGGCCAUUUUGGUUGCUGUUGACACAAGUGCUUCUACCAGAGGCUCCUAAACAUGUUCUGAAUAGUCACUAGUCAUGAUGAAAGCAGGAUCAAUGAGUGUCAGUGAAUCCUCAUAUUGCAGUCAUCUGACUUAGCAGGGAGUUUGCCCAUACUGGAGCCAUAUAGCUUCUACGUUUAGAUGUGUUCAGAAUAUUAAGGGAGCAGAAGAUCUUGCAUGGCAUAAGCUGAAACACAAUUAAUUAGUCAAUGUUUGAUGCUAAAUAACAGUAUGUUCCACAAAAUGGCCUUAUCUGAUCAGAGCAGCUUAUUAAAGAGAGGCUUUGCUUUAUAAGGAUUGUACUUCACUUUAGUUUUAUUUGUACAUUCUUCUCAACAGAAUAAAUAUAUGUGCACAGUCACUAUUUUGCAUAUCUUGUUCUGGAUUGUGUAUGGCUUGGGACUGGAAAGUCCCUUGCAAGUGUAUUGCUCUAGAUAUUAUUGUUAGGUGCAAUAUUAACACACACCAGCAUUUGAAAUAAAAUAUUCUUUCUUUU